GGCACUUUCAAGAAUCGGGAUGAAGACGAAGUUCGCGUGCGGUGGUGGCUGGCCAUGGCGGACGAACGAAAAGACAGUGGCUCCGAUGAAGGGGAAAGAAGAGACAGUGAUUCAGACGAAAGGUUGAAAAUGGACAGCAGCUCGGACGAACAGCAGAAAGUCUCCGGCGGGUCGAAAGAGAGGGAAACAUCAUGUCUCAAAGCCCUUAUGGAAGACCAAAAGUUGCACGGAAUGGUCGUGGCAGUCGGUAUCGGACUGGCGGUCCUCAUAGCCUUCAUCACGUUCACUCUAUUCACGUCACCGCCACAUCAACCACGCCGAAAGCCACCACCGGUACCCGCUGUAAGAGAAUACACCGUCAGAGACUACAGCCACACGCGCCAAGUGCCCGCAGAACGCAGGCAUGCAAAGAAACCCAGCCCUGAAAAGAGUGACGAUGAGGACAAACGACGGAAGAAAAUAAGCCUCGCAUCGCAGUUAGCUGUCCCCAUGAAAGAUUUCAGCCAUGCGAAGGUGCUCAACACAGACGGGGAUCACAGAGGCGUCCAGGCACUCCCAAAUGUUCAACCUCCAGCGCAGAUUGUUGUCUCUCAAACAGAUCUCAGCCAUGCGAAGAUGCCCAACACAGAAGUGGAUCACAAGGGCGUCCAGGCACAGAAUCUUCAAGUUGGAUCGCAGAUGGUUUUCCCUAAUAUAGAUCUCAGCCAUGCGAAGAUGCCCAACACAGACAUGGAUCCCAGAGGCGCCCAGGCACUCCGAAAUCUUCAAGUUGUAUCGCAGAUGGUUUUCCCUAAAAGUGAUUUCAGCCUCGCGAAGGUGCUCAGCACAGACGGGGAUCACAGAGGCGUCCAGGCACUUCCCAAUGUUCAACCUCCAGCGCAGAUUGUCCUCUCUAAAACAGAUCUCAGCCGUGCGAAGAUGCCCAACACAGACGUGGAUCACAAGGGCGUCCAGGCACUCCAGAAUCUUCAAGUUGGAUCGCAGAUCGUUCUCCCUAACGUAGAUCUCAGCCGUGCGAAGAUGCCCAACACAGACGUGGAUCACAAGGGCGUCCAGGCACUCCAGAAUCUUCAAGUUGGAUCGCAGAUCGUUCUCCCUAACGUAGCGCACGUGAGGAUGGCGGAGUUAGAACCCAUCGACACCAUACCUGCGCAACCAGUUGUGUGCGUGGUGAGCAGUUCGGCAACGGUCGAAGUAAGCUACCCGCAGGACGGUCUCUGCGACGCUGUCAUCUUCAAUAAGGUCUUCUACCACCAAGGCGUGGUCUACGUCUCGCAAACAGAAAACCACACGUACCACGAGUUUCUUGUCGAGGCGGCCAAGUCCAAGCUUACAGCCUACAUGGUGGCCACAGACCGUUAUUUUGCCGUGUACCAGACGAUAUCUGCGGCGCUCAACCUCGAAGCGCUGCGCAAGCAGAACGUGCGUGGGUUCGGCUUCCUUGGCAUACGUGUACAAAGCGCACAGGGGGUCAUGCUCGAGCAGCACAGCAAACUCCUACAGUCACAGGUGCAGGACCUCAACAAUAUGCUAAAGGAGGUCGAUGUGACCGACUGCGCCCUCUUUCUUGGCGUAACGACAGAGGAACACAUGUUCAAGGACGACAUAGCUACAACUGCAUUCAAGUUAGUCGUCAAAAGUGUUAGAGUGCACCUCUUGAUCAUCGAAAACAACCAACUGAAACACGACGACUGCCUGGGUAGCCCGAUCACAAUGUGGACCAAUGAAAGUAGCAUCGCCUUUGACGAAGCGCAGGCGACCGCCGCCUGGAUGACGCAGUUGGGUAUCAGUCCAGCUUUGAGCCACACCGCGGUAGCCUUCUCCUCGUGGAUACCGGCCAUGCAGUUUAUACGGAGCGCCGACACUACCGUGCCGACUGUCAACGGCACCAGGCGGUGCUUUGUGUUCAGCCUCAGCCCAUACGACAAAAUGGUGUGCAGCCAUCCAAGGAGAUAUCACAACGUGAGUGAUAUGUACUUCGCCAAGGACGAAUCGAUGCAAGGCGUCUACGUCUACGAUGAUCCGGAGAUCCUCAAGGAGAAGGUUAUGAAAGUCAGGCGUGCCAUGAGCGGGACCACUUCCAAUGUGGGCUGGGCAUUUUACGGUCUCGAGUACGAAGGCGAUGACGCUGGCCAAUGCGGACACCGCUACGACCGCAUUCCUGCAGUUAAGACGGCGCUGCGGUCCUUGCGGGUCAUGCGUACCACCUAGUUAGGCUGUAGUGAAAUCACCAGCGCAGAAACACAUUUUCGCUGAACAAGUUUGAGCAUGAUAUGUCCAAAAUUAAAUGUGAAACAUGCAAA